UAUCUCUAUGGCCGACGUUGACGUCUGUCUCCAUCAAAUAGAAACGUAAGUUUGGUCCGUGGGGAGAGGCAACUGUUAUGGAAGUGGUUGCCUCUUGAAUUUACUUCACUGUAUUUUCACUCAUUCUAAAUGGAAUAACAUCUUUGGGGGUUCACUGCUUGUUAAAUUAAUUAGGGAUAUAGAAACUGAGCGAAAAGCAUGGCAUGAUAGAGAAAGGACUCUCUGGAAAGAGCUCGCGCGUUAUUUAUUUUCUCCUGACCGCUUCAUGUUUGUGGACAGCGCGACAAAACAUACGCAGUUGUCUAACUUGUGCACGUUAAAACUGAGUUUCUAACAAAGUUUGUGAUAGUCGCGGUAAAUUAAGUUUCAACAGGCUCACGCGGUGCUUGUGUUGUUGAAUUCGUCUUGGAGUUCAAAUAUAGCCUAGCCGACGCUCGGUCAAAACAAGCAGUUAUAUCUGCAUGUAAAUAUAUGGAUUGUAGUAUAUGGCCCUCGUCUGCUGUUGCAAAAUGCAAUGGGACUAACUGAGGCCUUUGGACCGCCAGAAUAUCUUUGCUUCACUUUCAAGCCUGAUGACCAGGUCUGGCAAGGACAUUCAAAAAUGUGAACCGGUGAUUGAUACUCUACCAGAUUAGUUGUGCACCAGUAGCAAUGGAGCGGAGCAAACGCAACUCCAUUGCUGGGUUCCCCAUGCGGCCAGAUCGGCUGGAGGACCCAGAUUGUGGAGGAGGAGGAGCAGAAACCAGUCUGGCACCACUGGAUAGGGUGUGUCCCUCGUCUUACCGGGCCCUCAUUAGUGCCUUUUCUUGCCUGACCCGACUUGAUGACUUCAUCUGCGAGCGGAUUGGCUCUGGGUUUUUUUCAGAGGUCUACAAGGUGCGCCACAGAGCUUCGGACCAGGUAAUGGCUCUAAAGAUGAACAAGCUGAGCAGUAAUCGUGCCAACAUGCUGCGCGAAGUUCAACUCAUGAACAGACUCUCUCACCCCAACAUACUCAGAUUUAUGGGGGUGUGUGUACAGGAAGGUCAACUCCAUGCUCUCACAGAGUACAUUAAUGGUGGCAACUUGGAGCAGCUGCUGGACAGCAAUAAGUACCUGAGCUGGGCCACACGGGUCAAACUGGCCUUAGAAAUCGCCAUGGGCCUCAGUUACCUACACUCCAAGGGCAUUUUUCACAGAGAUCUCACCUCCAAGAACUGCCUGAUCAAGUCUGAUGAGAAUGGCUACACUGCGAUCGUCGGAGACUUCGGCCUUGCCGAGAAAAUCCCCAGUCAUGAUUUUGAGGGGGAGAAGCUGUCCGUGGUGGGAUCCCCAUUCUGGAUGGCUCCAGAAGUGUUGAGAGACGAGCCGUAUAACGAGAAGGCUGAUGUCUUUUCGUAUGGCAUUAUUUUGUGUGAGAUAAUUGCAAGGAUACAGGCUGACCCUGACUACCUACCACGCACUGAAAACUUUGGCUUAGAUUACCACGCCUUCCAGCACAUGGUUGGAGAUUGUCCUUCAGACUUCCUGCAGCUUGCCUUCAACUGUUGCAAUAUGGAUCCAAAGCUCAGGCCCUCAUUCCCAGAUAUAGUAAAGAGGCUGGAAGAAAUCCAGAAAAAGCUGAAAGCUGAUGAAUCCGAGAGGGAGAGAAUGCUACUAACCGCCGGAGAGGUGGAGAAAAAACCCUUGCCUAAAGGUCCAGGUGAAAAGGGUAUAAAGAGGUUAAAUCCUCUUGUUUUUCAGGAUGACAAGAUUCCACCCAAGUCCCCCCGUCCACGUCGAAACAUCUGGCUUUCCCGUAGCCAGUCUGACAUUUUCUCUCGUAAGCCUGCUCGCAAAGUGAACGUCCAGGACCCUUACUACAACCCAGGACCUAGGGGCUUCAUACACGGGCAACCGAAAGUCAACCCUUUCAGUGCCAGAGAGGACUUAAAAGGUGGCAAGAUCAAGUUUUACGACAUGCCCAGCAAGUCUGUCUUCUCGCUCAUGUUUGAUUUGCAUUCACCUCACGGCAGUCAAAGCUCAUACCAGCCUCAUCCCAACAUCAGCAUGGGAGCCUCCGGAAACAACUGCACCCCAUCCUGGCCGGAGACCUGGCAGCUGCCAGGUCGCCAGUGCCACUCACUCCCCGUCUCUCCCAAGCUGCCCCACUCGGAUGUCUUCUUCUCAUCUCACCCCACGUCCAAAAGCGAGGCUGGACAGCCCGGCGGUGAAAGCAAGCAAAAAGCAUUGAGCAGCAGGGCUAAGAAGUACGCUGUUACCGAGAUCCCUCCGUACAAACCGCGAGCUGAAAGACAGGAGGAAGUGGGAGCUGCAGAGGACUGGUCGUCUCUGGUACCCUCUGAAGGAGGAGAAGCGGAGGCCAUGGACUGCUCCAGCAGCAGAGGAAGCUCUGCAGACAAUAAGGACACAAUCCUCAGCCAGAUACAGAACAGAAGCCUCAGUGGUUUAUGCGAGGACAUGGAGGCUGAAGACCAGGAUGGCUUGAUGAUCUCCAACAAGAACUCGCUCACGCUGAGCAUGUCUGUGGAGCCACAGGAACUCUGUCCAUAUUUUUUGAAAAUUUCAUUUCCUUCUUUUGGUUCAUAA